GAAAAUACAGCACGUUUGGGAAUUUUGCUUGCUUUGCAUUAUUUAGAAUUAUAUAAAACUAAAAGGAUAAUUUACACUUUUAGGGUUAUAUUGUAGUAGGCUGGAGUGGUAUAUGUACAUUUUCUGGACCGUUGGCGCUUUAAAAUGGAAGAGCCACCACUGAAAGAAAAGCUAACACCAACGGUCACAACCAAAAAGACAGCAGCUACUGGAAAAAAGAAGGUUAUCAGACGAUUGGUCAAAAAUGCUAAAACUGGUGAAGUUAUAAAGACAGAAAUAGUGAGAAUCGACAGCAAUGGUGAAACAACUGUGACGUCAUAUCCUGCUGGAACGCCAGUACCAAGUCUGGGCAAUCUUCAAUCUUCAGGUUCCUCAAAGAAAUCUGCGCCAACUAAAUCACCCUUAGAUUCUGUGAAGCCAUCUAGUCCAACGCCAGAAAAUAAAAAAGAACCUAUAAGUCCUUUAAGGUCAGAUGUUGGUCCCAGUGUACCAGCUAAUGUUCCUUGCAUUGAUGACCUCCUACAAAAAGAAGAGGAAAUUAUAAAAGCAGCAAAAGAAGCAAAAAAUGAGGAAAAACCAAAAGAUAAAGGAAAGGAGUUAAAGGAUGAAAAUGAGAGUUUGGAGAGCACAUUGAUCACUCUGAUGAAGAGGAAGCGACAAAGAGACCCAAAAGCACGGAAGAGAGGACUUGUUGCGAGUACGAUGGCUAAGAGAGCUAGUGAGGAGGAAGAAGAAGAGGCAGAGGAUCAGAGUUUUAUUGGAGACACUGAUUAUCGCGCGCUGGCUAAUGAUCAAAAGAACGAGGAAGAAGAAAUAAGAAAAAGGAAGGAAAAACAUAGGAGACGUCGUGAGAAAAAGCAUAAAAACAAGCCGAAAGAAGAGCCAGUAGAUAGUGGUAUGGAUGCCACAAACAUGGACGAGGAAGAGGAGCAUGAGCUGCAUCCUCUUGAAGAAGCUGAGCUCCUUGCCAAACAAAUGCAAAAUUCUGCUAACAUCACCCAACCAGAUGAAGAAAUGAAUGUUGAUCAAAAUGGGGCUCCUCCUGAUCCAAUUGAUGCGGAGGAGAAGCCUCCGGAGGAUGGGAGCGAUGAGGAAGAUGAUGAGAGAAGGAAGAAGAAGAAAAAGAAGCACAAACAUAAGAAGAAGAAGAAAAAAUUGAAGAAGCAAAAAAGACAGGAGGAUAGUGAUGCGGGGGAUUCAGAUCGAGGAGAAAAAGCAUCCGGAGACGACCGGAAAUCAAGACCGGAGGAAAAAAUGAAUCUCGAUGAUCUCCCAAAAGCAAAAAGCAGAUCAAGAUCCAACAGUUUCUCUUCCAUGUCUCUUUCUUCAAUAUCAUCAGCCUUCAGCGAUUCCUUUGAUUUUGCUGAAGGAGAUUUUAACCAAGGACCAGAUUUUGAUGGGCGUGGUGGCUUUAUGAUGAGAGGGGGUUUUCGUGGCCGAGGGUUUGACCCCUUUUUCCGCGGCAGAGCUGGUUUUCGUGGUUACCCUCGUGGCAGAGCAAGAGGAAGAGGGAAUUUCAGGGGAAGGGGCAGAGGUUUUGGUCCAGAUGGUAUAAUGUACGACGCUGCAGGUGUCCCCAUGCAAAUGGGGCCUGAUGGGUUAAUGUACCCCGCUACGAUGUUCAUGCGGGGCAGGGGUAUGUGGAGGGGUAACAUGAGGGGUGGGUUUGGAAGAGGGGGUUUUAUGAACGAUGGGUUCACCCCCCAAGAAGAAGGGAUCGGAAUUUAUGUGGAGGAGGAUAGUGAUGACUCUAGAAAGAAGAGGAGGAGCUAUUCCAGCAGCUCCUACUCCUCUUACUCUUCUCGUUCCCGCCAUCGUCACCGAAGAAGACGACGUCACUCAUCAUCCUACUCCCGAUCCUACUCCCGCUCCUCCAGAUCUUACUCUCGUUCUUACAGUCGCUCCUACUCCAGAUCGAGCCGUUCCUACUCCAGAUCAUAUUCGAGAUCAACCUCGCGAUCUUAUUCAUCAAGCAGGUCCAGAUCUAAAAGCCCAAAUAGAAAAGACGCCGAUGGCUGGAGCUCUAGUGGAAAUGAAGAAAGGUCAAGCUUCAGAGCCAUAUACGCUGCAGGAGGGAACUCCGCUCCUCCUCCCAAGAGGAAAGAGGAGGAAGAGGAAGUCCCAUGGUGGGCAGAGUUCGAUAAAACGUACGAGAUACAAAAGACUGCUGAAAAGGAAAAGCAGGCAGAAGCUAAAGUUCCUGAAAAAACUGAAACUAUUGAAGAUGCCAGUAAAAAAACAACUGAAACAAAAGAAAUUGAUGAAUCCAUAUCAAUGACACUGGCAGACAUAGAUGUUAUACGAUGUGUCAUGUCAUUGGUAAACAACACGUAUUACCAACAAGAUCCUGUAAUAGAAGAUGCAAGAGAAUGCUUGAAUGACAUAAUUACACAGGUUGAGGUGCCAAAACCAGUGGAAAAGAGUGAUUCUGAAGUUGUACAAGACUGUAUGAAUGACCUGUUAGAUGCUAUCUCUCCAAUUGACGCCAAACCUAAACCUUCAGAGUCUCCAACGGAUAUUGAAGCUUUAAACAACGAACACCCACUUAUGAGCUUCUACAUAGAAGCUUGUCGUAUUACAACUGAAGCACAAGCAAAACGGGACAGCCAGCCUACAGCGUCAACUAGUGGUAAAAAUGACGAUAAACAAGACUCGGAACGCCGUGAUGACCGCAAAGGACGCCACGGGCGACGUCGGCGCCGAAGCCGCAGCAGAAGGAGACGAAGAUACAGCCGGAGUUACAGUAGGUCCUCCUCUUCCAGGAGCAGCGAGAGAAGACCUCCGCUUGUUUCCCUGACCACCGAGCAACAACAAAGUCUCCAACAAGCACAACAGAUGCUUCUCAUUCAACAACAGCAACUACAAGCAGCUGGAAUAUUACCACCAAACCUCACCAUUCCAGCAACUUUACCCACUGUCGGUGGGAUUCCCCCAAUUACCCCAUCCACGAACCCCGUCCCAGCCCCCAAGAUACUUAGCAAUAGAUGGGACAAAGACAUGGAUGCCCUGCUAAAGAACAAGGGUAAAGAUGAUCUGACGAGAAAGUUAUGGCAGAAAAUGCGCGAGAAGAAGCAGCAAGAAGGAGGGGGGGACCUCUCGCCUACUUUUCUUGCUAGGGCCAAACAGGCUGAAGUUGUUAGUGCUGAUAAAGUGUUCAGUGGAGUUGGGAACAUCAAAAGUAGAAAGAUUGCUAUUUCUUCUAUUGAUGGCAACAAGAGGUUUGCAAAGGAUGAAGCAUCUCCAAACCAGUUUGACGAAGGAGUGACUUACAAGAAAAGUGAAAUAAUGUUGGAAAAUAUCGGCGCUGAAUAUAAAGACAGUGAAAAGACUCGAUCGCAGGAACAGCGGGAGAAGUUGGAGAUGUGGUCGGAUGAACAGAGAGGAUUGAAAGAGGAAGUGAAGAAGGUGAUGAGAGAGGAGAUAGAGAAGGCGGAGCGAGCGAAGAAGGAAGAGAUCAAAGAAAAGAUGUUGGAAGAGGAGAGACAGAAGGAGAUCAUGAGAAUCAGAGAAGAGGUCCGUCUCCAGAUUAAGAAAGAGAUACAAGCUGAGAUUGAUCAGCAGAGGAAGCAGGUCCUCCAGGAUCCGGAGUUAAAGAGUCAGAUCAUGGAGCUUGAAGCAUUGAAACAGAGCGCUGUUAAGUCAACCGAUAUCAAACCUGUGACUUCAACACCAGAAGGGCCAACUGACAGCUUCACUGUACAACAAGAUCAACAUAAGAAGGAUAUGAACCAGUGGUUGGAGAAACAUGGCAAGAGGGCAUCCGAGAUGAAUGUGGAGGAAAUGAGGCGAAUGCAAACCAUGUACAUGCAACAGCUGCAUCAUUGGAGUCAACAGCAGCAGAAGGCAUAUAUGCAAUGGUAUUGGCACCAGCAACAAAACUACAAGCAACAUUAUUUCUCACAAAAAUCUGGUUUCUACAACAACCAUCCUACUUCUGGAGCUGGGGACCAAAAAGCACCAGUUUCUGGACCAGAUAGCCAGCAGCGUGGUCCAAACCAGAGUCAUAUGGUGUCUAACUUACCUCCAGGAGUAAGACCACCUCUUGACCAGGGUCAACACUCCAUGAGUAGCAUGCACCAGAGACCCCCUGAUGGCCAAAACAUGGGUAACCCUACUUUUACCCGUGCCCCAAGCCAACAUAAUCCACCAAACAAACAGGCAGAGGGUGUUGGCCAGCAAUCACAGUCAGUUUUAAUGACCGCUCAAUCACAAGAGCAAAGAUUUCAACAACAACAAAGAAACUUUGGCAGUCACUACAAUAAUAGACCUAUUCCUUAUCACCAUGAUGACCCCCAUCGUCACGGGAACCACCCCCGCAUGCCCCCACCGCACGAUCGUCGUGACCUUUACCCCCCUAACCCCUUGAACCGUGGUCGAGAAUUUUACCCCCCGGGUCCGGACCGUCAAUUCCCCCCAAAUCGCUUCGAAAAUUACCCCGACAAGCGGCAGCAACCCCGAUUUGCUCCCCCACAGUUUCGCCCUGGGUCUUACCCCGAACAGCUCCGGCCUGACCCCCAUAUGCAAAAGUCUUUGAACCCAGAGGAGCAGUCCCAUCUGCAAGAACAUCUUAAGCAACAACAGCAGCCACCAGUAAAUAGAUACAAUCAACCAAUACCUACAACUCAGCAGUUCAAAACAACAAUGCCAUUAACCAGCAUACAUGGUGCAAGCAACCAACCGAACCAGGGACCCACCAACCCCCCGUUACACCAAUACCCCCCACCCGGUAUGGAAACCAACAACGAACCAGAUGACUGUGCACCAGGAACCACGCCACCACCAAAAGCCACCAACGACCAACCGCCACCACCUGGAGUGGAAAGUUUACCUUCAACCUCCAUGAAUGCUCCUAUCAUCUCUUCCAUGCCUCCUGGUGGUGACGAUCUAGCACCCCCCGGUGACGAUCAAUACACGAACAUUCCUCCUCCUAAUAUUAAAAAUCCGAACGUGGAAGAAUCACCAGCUAAAGCGAGCAAGAAAAAGAAGAAAAAACAUCGACGGAAGAAAAAGAGGAGAAGUUCAAGUGAGGAGGAAGAUGAUGCAGAUGAGGUGGAAGAGCAAAGAGCAAAGAUCAUGGAGCAACUAAAGAUCCUCCAAGCAGGAACUCUGGAUGAGGUGGAUGCUGCAGAGGUUGAAGAUGGAGAAGUUCAAUCCGGAGACGAGGGGAAACCUGUUUCUACAGUAGCUGCUUCUAUUGCUGCACUGACUGCAAUGUUACCACAAUUGGAGAGAAAGAAGAAAAAGCACAAGAGAGAGAAAAAGAAAAAAAGGAGAAAAAGAGAUUCAUCAAGUGAAGAAGAAGAACAUAGUGAAGCCCCCCAACCAAUCCAGGCGAUUCAGAAACCGCAUUUCCCCCCUGGCCACCCUCCACAACACCCAGGGUACCCAGGUAUACACCACCCAAUGCAAGGUAGAGACCCCAUGGUCCCGGUUUCCGGAAUCCAGCCCCAAUAUCAAGCCCCACCCACGUCACGACCCCAUAAUUACCCCUACCCUGACCACCAGCUGCCCCAUGGGGGAAUUCCCUUUUCUAACCCCGAUUUCGCCCAAAGGGGUCAAAAUCCCCAAACUGCCCCCAGAAAUGACGCUUACCCAAUUAUGGGCCCGUCAGGUGAUAAUCAGACCGUUCCCCGGAAAAGGUCUCCAUCACCCCUACCCCUUGUGUUCCCAAAUGACCCGGUCGAAAUGGAGGCCUGGGCAAGAAAAAUGGAGCAAAGAUACAGCGACCACCCACAAGCUCAUGAAGCAGGAAAUGCGUUAAAAAAAUUGGACAUGUCGCGUCCAAUUGAAUCUGUACGUGAAGCACUGCGGGACAUGGAACACAGAACUGCAUUGGACCAAAGAAGACCAGAAGAGCAGAGGAUUUUGGAGCAGAGAGGAUUUGAUCAAUCUGCUGAACUCCGGAGCAGAAGGAAAAGAGAUCGAGCUGUACAUGGUGGGCGAGGACGUAAGAAACGAAGAAUGCAACGAAAUUAUAGAGACUGGGACCAACCAGAAGAUGAUGGUUUGGUAUACUACUAUAGUGAGAGUGGGAGCUCAGGUUGGGGUUCAGACCAAGAUUUUGACGAUUUACUCGCUAAAAAACAGCGGGAAACUGGUGCAGUGCCCAUCGAUCCAAACAGACCUAAUUUUCCAGUAAAUGCUCAACCAAUAAACGUAACCAACACAAGGCGCCAAUCUCCUGCCCCUGGUCACCCCCAUGGUCAUAGACCCAACGAGGCAAUGGGUGAAGUUCAAGGCAUUCAAGUUAUAGGGGGUAGUCAGCCCCAGCCUAUCCCGUCCCUGGCCAACCGAAGUGGGCCCCGAAUGAGCCGGCCGGACCCAAUGCGCGAUCGAUUUGAGCUCGCCAGGGAAGAAGAGUUAUUGAUGGCUCAUGAUAUCGAAUACAUGAAUUUUAUGUCGGAGCAGCGAAACCAGCUUUAUGCUCGGCAGAACCCCCCACACCCCCACCCUGUACCCCACAAUGUCAUGGACUUGGCCCCGAGACCCCCAAUGCCCCGGGACCAUGGGGGUUUCCCCAUGAACCCGAUGAUGCGUCGUCCAUACGGCAUGUAACCGCAUGCCUGUGUAUUAUGUACAUAGUAGUCAAGCUAGUUUAAGUUUUACAAAUCUGCAAUUUUAGUUUUCGUCUUUUAGAAGAAAAACAUUGCCAAGAAAAGCUGCAAAACAGCUCAUUUUUUUGUUGAAGACGCAAGAUUUACAAAUUGGAUUACUUGUAUAUAAUUGUGCAUGUUGCUAGGUUGGAUUUAAUUUCAGCAAAACUGCUGCAAUCGUGGAUACUGGAUCUGUAUAUAAGAAUCAAGUGUACUAAAGCUAACAUAGGCAGAGUUAGAUGGCCGCUGGGGCCUUUAACUCUGUCCGUUUUUAUGUUCUGACGUUUUCAGGGCUAGACAGAUUCGUCUGCGUAUUACUAGUUCAAAAAACACGAAAAAAAUCGUUUUCUGAAGACUGCCUGCACCGUACUGCAAACUAAAAGAUUCUGACUGGCGAUGUUUUCUUAGCUUUGCAGGCACUGCCUAAGCAACUGCGCUGUGCAGUAACCGCUGAUGUACAUACUGAAAGGAUUAAUUAUUACUCGCUGUGAGUACAUUUGGGAUAUACCAUUUGCCAAGUCAAGUCGUCAUCGAAAAGGGUUCGUGCUUCGUGUCAGUUUUGUCGAACUACAAAUGUAAAUUUUGUUGGUAAUUGUGAAUAAAAAUCUUAAAUUGUCA